GAAGCUGAACUUGGAGGCAGUGGUGAACUCCACAACAGAAGUGACGACGAUGUCGGUCCUGCGAGGAGAAAAUGAUAUGGAAGUUCCCUUUACUGGCCCUCCAACUGGCAUCAUCCUCGUGCUCGUCGUGGAAACCGCGAAUCUCCGCCAAGCCGUGACCUCGGGUCACACCUCACGUCCUUCGCCUCCUCCUCCUCCUCCUCCUGCUCCUCCAGGCAACCCAACAACAAUCCAGAAACAUCAUAGUCCUCCCGAAAAUCCCGUCGAAAUUCCUUCACUAGUCAUACGAAAGCACAGCAUCAGAGACAUCAUCGAUUCGCAACCCAGGCUGCAUUCCAAACGUCUCCGUUCACCAGCAUCGGGAAUCGCUGAGAUGGGGAUCUUUCAUCGUGGGUUCGAUGACGCGGGUUCCUCGGAUCAGGGAUUGAAAGCAUCUUUGUUCUGGGUCGAAUGUCGUGGACACGAGGAUUGCGAGGCUGGGUUCUUGUGUGUGCAGGACUCGAACCCGGGCGAAGAAGGGUUCCGACGCAGCUGGUGCCGGAAAUGCGACGGAUUACGCGAGUACCUCACUUGGGGCGGACUCGACCGAUGCAGUUCAAUCACGCAGGUUUACCCAACCCGGACACAACCCACGGAACCCCAGAAAAUCGGAACACUCGUCCGCCGCGCCUACUCCCCCGAGAAACGCCGGAUCCGACGUCCCGCGUCGCCGCCCCCGCACGUGAUCCGCAAACGCCAGGUUCCACAAAACCCCGACGACACCAACAGACCCUUGGUCAUGGUUGAACUAGACAAGUCAACUGAGAAGGCCCGGGAGUUGAUAGAUCGCCUCCUCAACGUGGUGCCCGCGGAAACGGGAUCCCAGAAUAACCGUGACAACGGCAAAACUGGCUUCGGGCACCAUGGCAGUGAGUCAUUGCGAGGAGAGAUUGGCCAACUGCGACGAUUGGCGAUGCGCAGACGGAGGAAUCUGUUUGAAACCCAGCUGGAGAAUCUGAACAAGGCGAAAAGAAUGGUUGCCCAGCGAGUGACGCAGCAGCAGCCGGGAGCAGUGAUGUACAACACUGCGCUGCCGGGGAAUCUCCAGCUGGAUGCACUUCAAUCGCAGUUUCAACAGGUUGAAACAGUGGAGAAGAAAAACGCAAUCCUGGAACGACUCAUGUCGGACGCGCUGCACCCCGACAACAUUGCCGACGGAAUAACGAAAAUCCGGCGAUUCGUGGAAGCCCUCAAAUCCGAGCUUUGGCUCUUACCUCCUUCUCCUAUGAGAACAGCGUUGCGUGACGUCGGUGCUUCCAUACUCGGGUCUCUGCCCACGCCCAAAGACCUUCCGACCAACGAAAACUUCGAUUCAUUUCAGUGGAAAACAAAUGUCCCUACGCUCCGAAAUUCCGGCGACAUCACACCUUCCCAGCAGCAAGCAAACAUGCGAAUAUCGCGAACCACCACCACAUCGCAGGAUUGGCAGAAGUACAAACUCGAUCAAGCAUACAAGGUGAAAACGGAGCUGGAUAAACUGCAGGACCUGGAUAUGAACCAACAAAAGUCUAUGCUUCAACGACAGAUCGACGCGUUGGCGACGCUGAAAAUCAUUUUGCAAGGCUACGACGACGAUUCGACUUAUGGACAUCCAAGCAUUCGCGAAGCUUACCAUGAUGCCAAGCAACAAACGCAUGUCAAACGGGAACCGGAUUCGUUCAUGGAAGAAUUCAAUGACUCUUACCCAGUGCGCAGCAGGUCUCGACGUUCCAUCACACAGACCGGAGAACCCUCACCAACAGUGCAAGAAACAAUUCUCAACUUACUCCACGAAAUCGAAAAAAAGCCAAAGGUGCCAAGAGAAAUUCCGAAAACGCCCGAGAAAAAAGAAAAACGAUUGGAAAAUAUUUCCGACACUCUGGCAAACUUCCGUUCGCUGCUCCAGAGAUCACAGACCGCAAAUGAAAUUCAAACUCCACAAAAGGUCACUCGAUCUUCAUCCAGUGAUCCGGUUGACAAAACUGCUCUCGACGCGGAUUUCGAUAAAGAGCUCACCCAACGCGCCCGCAAAAUUACAGAUGAAAUCCUCCGCGACGAAAUGAUGAAGGCGUAUCGGAAUGCAGAAAAAUCCGAGGAGGUGAACUCAAGUUCAAAGGAAUACUAUCCCAGUUUCUUCAAGAAGUUCAAGACCCGCAAUAUCAGCUCGGACGAUGAAAUUUGCGAAGCGUUAUCCGAAGUUUGCCAAAAGAAGUGGAACACACUAUCUUCGGAACAUUUCAAAGGUGAACUAGCAUCUGGUCAGAUAACCGUGUAUGAGUCACCGAGUAACACCAACGCGAGAACCCAUGAUGCCAUGCAGGACUCGGAGCAAGGCGUGCGGGGAUUCCCGAGGCAACAAAGCAAAAUGACUCAGCAAAGCCAAGUAGGCAGUAAGAUGUCCGAGAAGAACAUGCCACAUUUACUAAACAGAAGAGCGCCAACAGAGACAUCUAGUAACCUCAAUGAUGGCGGUGUUGACAGGAAUGAGGAGUUCAUGAUCAAGCAACAGCUCAAGCGCCAAAUUAUCCAAUUCGAGCGUCUCAAAAGAAGUCUGUACGGUAACACUCACGCAAACGCGAAUGACCCAGAGCCGGUCAUAGAGCGCAUGCAGAAGCACGCCAAGCAACGAUUGGCAAUGGCGCUGCCCAGUGACUGCGCUCACGCACGUUCAGUUGAGGAUUGCGUUCGCGUGAAACUCGCGCUUUCCCAGUCCUGUUCUUGCGACUACAACCGACCAAAACCUCCGCUGGACCCUGAAAAGAAGUACUGCAUGACAAUAUGCUUUGACUUGUACAUGUCACCUGAUGGUGAAAUCGACACACGUCCAAGCGACCACUGCCCGGCUGGGAACUGUAAGAGUGAAGCCCUCUUGAUGAAGCCUGUACCUGUGCCUGUGCUUGAACAUUCGGAGUCUCUCCAUGAAAUCUGUACCUGCCCGGGAGCUCCGUUGAGCAGCGAAAGCCCGUCUGCCAAGUGCUGCUCCCAACCGGCCCCACCGACACCACAACUCAAACAGGAGAACACUUGCAGUAAAUGCGGUGCAGUCACCAAUCUGCAACCGUCGAACGCAUCAGUUCCGCAGCGAAAGGAAUACGCCUUAGUUGAGUACUCACUCAUAGGUCCAAAGGGUGGUGAAGGUGAAGAAGGCUUCCAGGUGCGUUCCUUCAAAGUCAUCAACGAAAUUCCGCAAAACUCGAAUCGGGCCUCUCGUGAGGAACUUCUGCGAAAAGCCUUGGAAUCUGCACACACCGAAACGACGCAAAGCGCACCUUCUGACGCGGCGGAUUUGAAGAGAACCGUGAAGAUCAUCUUGCCACACACUGAUGAAGAGUUGAGCCGUGAGGAUCACAAGGCUGAUGAAAUCCAUCAUCCGAACCCACGAUGGCGCGAAGAUGACGAUUACAAUCGAAAUGAGGAUUACUACGACUAUGAGCAGAGUGAGAAUGAAGAAAUGCGGUUCACCCCAGCUCCAGGACUCCAGGAGAACCGACGAAAAGCUCGAAAAGUUCCACGGUUUAAGAAGUGGAAGGAUGACAAUUCUGAACAGAUACCGCACAUGAGUAAAUCUUUGACGACCAGACUUGCUUCAGCUCUAAAGAAGCGCUUGGAGUCCAUCAAAGAUGACCAGUCCGGAGUAAAUGAUGACUACGUCGAUGACCAUUCU